CCCUCUCUCUCUCUCCCUCCCUCUCUCUCUCUGUGUCUCUCUCCCUCUCUCUCUCUCUAUGUCCUCUCUCUCUCUCUCUCUGUGUCUCUCUCUCUCUCUAUGUCCCUCUCUCUCUCCCUCUCUCUCUGUGCUUCAGGACUCUUCUGUGUCCUGCUGACUCCGCUGAAUUCUCAAUGAGAACAAUCAGCAGUGGAACAAUGGCGGUGAAUGAAGAACCGUGUUUCCAGAACUCCGUCCUCCCAUAAAAUCCCCGCGCCUCGCGGCUCUGAGCGGUUUGACACCUGGAGCUUCAUGAUGCCUCUGCCCCGACGCCGCUCAUCUUUCCUCGGUCAGUCGUGCUCCGAGCGCCCGGUCUCCUCCUCCGGGGCACGGAUGGGCUCCGGUACAGCCGCCGCACGUGGAGUCUUCGUGGGCAUCGGGCCGCCGGUGUGCGCCGGAGCCUCGGGCCUCGGGACCCGGGUUUCCCGACGGGCUGGCAUCAGCAGCGUGUUCCUGCAGGGGAUGCGGAGCAGCGCCGCCCCGGUGCUGCCCCGGGGGGACCGGGCGGCGGGUCACGGGGCGGCGGGCGGACUGAACAGCUGCCUGAUGGAGUACCGGGACAAGGUGCGAGCUCUGGAGACACUGAACCAGCAGCUGGAGGACCAGAUCCGGCUCUGUCUGGACCGGAAGGCGAGCAGCGCGGGAGCCUGGGGGCCGCUCCGGAAAGAGUGGGAGGAGGUCUACCGACAGGUCAGUGAAGCCAUCCUGGACAACGCUCGCCUGAUGCUGCAGACGGAGAACGUUCAGGCCAACGCAGAGGACUUCAAGGACAGGUUCGAGAACGAGCAGCCGUUCAGGACGGCCGUGGAGGAGGAGAUCAGUUCUCUGUACAGAGUCCUCGACGAGGCCGCCCUGACGAGGGGGGAGCUGGAGGAGCAGAUGGAGAAGAUGAGAUCUGAGCUGCGUCAGCUGGAGCACGACCACGAGCAGGACGUUCGAGUCCUGUACAGUCAGAUGGCGGGACGCGAGGUGGACGAACCCGACGCUCCCAUCGAGACCAGUCUGGACCAGAUCCUGAGCCACAUCAGGAGCCACUGGGAGAAAGUGACGGAGAGGAACCGAGCGGAGACGGACAGCUACCAGCUGGAGUGUAAGGAGGCGCAGUGCGUGAGCAGCAGACUGAGUCCGGAGGAGGAGCAGGUGGAGGCGCUGAGGGCCGAGUGCAGCGGCACCGGCUGUAAGAUCCAGAGUCUCCAGGCGGAGACGGAGUCCAUCAGAGCGCUGAAACGAGGUCUGGAGAACUCGCUGAGCGACGCCCGUCACUGGCACGACAUGGAGCUGCAGAACCUGGGCUCGGUGGUCGCCAAGCUGGAGGCGGAGCUCGCCGACGUGACCGGAGAGGCGGAGCAGCAGCGGCGCGACCACGACACGCUGCUGAGCAACAAGCAGCGUCUGGAGCAGGAGAUCGGGAUGUACCACGGCGUCCUGGACGGGGAGGAGAGCCGCUUCCUGCCUGCUAGUACACCGUGUUUAGGUCGAGUCUCUGAACCUGAGGGAGCAGCUGCAGAGUCCAGGGCGGAGUCAGGUCCUCCAUGUCCAUCACAGUGAUCCCUGAGGACAACGUGAGGAGACUGAAGCAUGAGGACACUCUGCAGGAGGACUUCAGUGACGUUUUGAGUCAUUCACUGUCCCCAACCCCCGAGGUCUUCAUCUGUCCCAAAUAUCUGAGGAGUUUGUGUGGAUCCGGAUUGUCCUGCAGCUUCACCCUGAGACACACACACCUGGACACAUGACCUGGACCUCAAACCUGUCACCAGCUCACAGGACGUGGGACACUGAGGACCAGAGUGAUCUGUGUCCCAGGACUGGGACAGUGAAGUGAUGACAUCACAGCAGGUGUUUGAUAUUUUCUCAUCAAUAAACUGAAUUCAUUGACGUUUUCAGGUGUAAACAACAAAAUAGGUUUGUUUGUUUCAGUUUGAACAUAACUAUUUUUACUGAUAAAAAAUACAAAUAAACUUGUUAAUGAUCCACAAACCAAAGAUAUAAAUUAAUGGUUUAAUCAAUAAAAAGAUAAAAACAACGUACGGAGGCUGAAGAGACCUGAAGAACAAAUUCAAGGACUUUUAUUUUGAUACGAUCAUUAUCCAUUUAAAUGAUCUUUAUUGUUAAUAUGACCUCUGACCAUGAAAUAAAAACACGUGUUCCUCAUUUAACGUGUUUUAUUAAACUCGACUGAGUUGUACUUUUUAUUAUGAAAUAAAUAAUCAUGUGUGGGGGGGGUGGUUGCCAUAGGAACAUGUUCACUCAUUAGAACAAGCAGGAGAAUAUCAUCGAGUCUAUGAUGAUGUCAUCAUCAUGGAAUCAGCUGAAUUGACUGUGAUACUGAAGGAACCUAAAAACAUCAAGAUAGGAAGUUCUGCAGCCAUCUGCAGGAAGUGAUGUCACACUGACCGGUCAGGAGGAAUCCCCUUACACACAAUGAUCCUGGUGCACCUGUCUCAGCAGCGCCACCAUCAGGACACACUGGUUGGUGGAGGAUGGGGGGGGGGUGUGUCACCGUCGACCACACUGAUUCACUAAAUGAGUAAUAAACGGUCCAGUGAAAACAGAUCCGAGCAGUCAUCCCGUUUCAUCAGCAGCUUUGUUUCUCUCUGGACAGGAAGUGACGUCCCAUUGGUCGAUUCAAUCAAGUACCAAAUCAAUAUUUAUCAUUACUGGUCCAUACGUGCAACAGCACAAUGCUAGCAGCUAGUUUUUGUGAGCUAGCUCUACAGUUUUUUUCCCAUAAU